AUGCCUCUCGGGCUGAUGCGGUCCUUGUCCGUCCCCCCGAGUUCGAAAAGGAGAAGAGUCGUUGCGCCGAUUGCGAAACCGACGGCUUUGUCCUGCGAGCCGCGGAGGGCCAGGUUAGACAACGGGUACCAGCGUGAGCAGGAGGUUCAAGGGUUUGCACAUCCUCCUACCAUGAAAACAAAGGGCUCCGUCUGGAGGACGUCUGUGUAG